UCCUGACAGGCCUCCAUCUCGUAUUAUUCUGUGCCUCUUUUUAGCUUAAGAAUAACAAAUCGGACGUCUGUAAAUAUGUUUAUCAUUUGACUCUUCUUCUCCACCGUCCUCGCCAAAUAAUGUCGAAUUAAUUAACCAGCUAUUUCCCAUUUUCUCCAGCAAUCAAUCUCCUUCCUCAAUAAUUACAUCAACACUUUACAAAAUUCAUUUCAAUCGUUUCGUUAAUUAAUAAAUCUCUGUUCGUUACUCCGUUUUAUGUUUUUCGGCUGGGCAUUUUCCCGGGAAAUUCAUCUCAAUUUUCCCGGAAAAUAUCAUCCCUCCGAUCUUCACAGAUUCUGUUUAUAGAAUUCCCAGCCUCUAUCUGUUUUACUUCCUCUGGUUGAUCAGGUAGAGGGGAGGAGAAGAUGGCGGGAAGUCAAGGAGGUUCUUCGAGAAAAAGUAGUAUGUCGUUGAGCAGCAGCUCACCUAUGAGCAGGAAGAAAACUUCGGAAAAUGGUGGACCUGAUUCCGCUAGAAGAUUCAAUGCUUCUCGUUCCAUAGGCCAGUUAACCGGAGAGCGCACAGUUAAGAGAUUGCGUCUUUCAAAGGCCUUGACAGUACCUGAUAGCACAAGUGUUCAUGAAGCAUGUCGUCGGAUGGCAGCUCGUAGAGUUGAUGCUUUACUGUUGACCGAUUCAAAUGCAUUACUGUGUGGAAUCCUUACAGAUAAGGAUAUCGCUACAAGAGUUAUUGCUCGUGAGAUUAGUCUUGAAGAUACACCAGUUUCAAAGGUUAUGACAAGGAACCCGGUUUUCGUGCUUUCAGAUACCCUUGCUGUUGAAGCCCUGCAAAAGAUGGUGCAUGGAAAAUUUAGGCAUCUACCUGUCGUGGAGAAAGGAGAGGUUAUUGCUUUACUUGAUAUAGCAAAAUGUUUACAUGAUGCUAUUUCUCGCAUGGAACGGGCAGCUGAAAAGGGAAAGGCUAUAGCGGCUGCUGUUGAAGGUGUUGAGAAACACUGGGGGACACCUAUAUCUGGUCCAAAUACAUUUAUUGAAACACUUCGAGAGAAGAUGUUCAGGCCCUCGUUGUCUACGAUCAUUAACGAGAAUCCAAAGAUCAUAACGGUCUCGCCAACAGAUACAGUAGUCAUGGCAACAAAGCAGAUGCUGGAAUGUCGUACAGGCUCUGCAGUUGUAGCAGUUGAUGGAAAACCACUGGGGAUUCUGACUUCAAAGGAUAUACUAAUGCGAGUGAUUGCACAAGACCUUCCACCUGAGUCCACUGAUGUUGAGAAGGUGAUGACCCCAAAUCCACAAUGUGCAACAGUUGAUACACCAAUUGUUGAUGCUCUUCAUAUCAUGCAUGAUGGGAAGUUUUUACACCUUCCAAUUGUUGAUAGAGAUGGAAUUGUUGUCGCUGUUACUGAUGUACUCCAUAUAACUCAAGCUGCUGUUGCCACGGUGGGAAAUGCUGCUGGGGUUAAUAAUGAGACUGCAAGCAGCAUGAUGCAAAAAUUCUGGGAUUCUGCUAUGGCUCUAAGCCCCGUUGAUGAUGACGAUGAGACGAGGAGUGAAAAUUCAUUGAAAUUGCUUUCCGAAGCAACAGGAACAGACAUAGGGAGAUUUCCAUCAAACAUGCCUACAGCUUUUGCCUUUAAAAUUCAAGAUAGGAAAGGGCGGAUGCAUAGAUUCAAUUGUGAUACUCGAAGUUUGACAGAACUGUUAACUGCCAUAAUACAGAGAAUGGGGAAUGACAUUGACCGAGACCACCUGCCUCAGAUUUUGUAUGAAGAUGAAGACAAUGACAAAGUCGUACUUGCAUCAGAUAGUGAUCUUGUCGCUGCAGUGGAUCAUGCAAAAUCAGCAGGUUGGAAGGGACUAAAACUGCAUCUAGAUUAUUCAGAAACUCCUCGUCGCAGGAGGGGUUCUGAUUCUGGAGAUAUGGAUUAUGCACAGGCAGACGCAUGGGCUUCUGCAUACAAAGGUGUUGCGGCAGGGGCUGCGUUGGUUGCUGGGUUAGGGUUUUUUGCAUUCUUGCGAAAAGCUGGAAACUGAUAUAUUGCAUAAUUGUCAAAUUAUCGGUGUGACUAGCUAGGAGCAGGAAAGCCAAGCUAUUGGAAACUAGUUAUCCAAGUGUGUUGCAUAAUUCAAACAUCUCCAAGAUGUUGCGCAGGAUGACUGGAUGAACAAUUGCUCAUUUUUGUGUGCUUAUUGUAUAUCAACCCAUAUAUCAUUCUUCCAGUUUCAGAAUAUGACGACAUAGUCAACUGUAUGAAAAGUGUGUAUACAGAUGUGAUACAAAGACAAGAUCUUCCUCCAUAUUUUGCUUUUUCUUUGUAAAAAAACUGUUAGUAUUUUAACCACUUUUCUUCGGUCGA